AUGAGGAAAACGCAAAUAUGCGGAAAACGCAAAUAUGGGAAAAACGCAAAUAUGGGAAAAACGCAAAUAUGGGAAAAACGCAAAUAUGGGAAAAACGCAAAUAUGGGAAAAACGCAAAUAUGGGAAAAACGCAAAUAUGGGAAAAACGCAAAUAUGGGGAAAACGCAAAUAUGGGGAAAACGCAAAUAUGGGGAAAACGCAAAUAUGGGGAAAAUGCAAAUAUGGGGAAAACGCAAAUAUGGGGAAAACGCAAAUAUGGGGAAAACGCAAAUAUGGGGAAAACGCAAAUAUGGGAAAAACGCAAAUAUGGGAAAAACGCAAAUAUGGGAAAAACGCAAAUAUGGGAAAAACGCAAAUGUGGGAAAAAAGCAAAUAUGGGAAAAACGCAAAUAUGGGAAAAACGCAAAUAUGGGAAAAACGCAAAUAUGGGAAAAACGCAAAUAUGAGGAAAACGCAAAUAUGAGGAAAACGCAUAUAUGGGAAAACAUUUGA